CUCUUUUUCUUCUUCUUUGAUUUAAAACCCCGAGCUUUCUCGAUUUCCCUCUCACUUCCUGGUCUCACCGCCAUGUCGAACACCGCCAAGCAAGGAUUCGUCUUCCUUCUUUUCUUUCUCCUCCACUCUCUGCCUCCUUCCGCCGCCCAACCCACCCUCCGAAACGGCGAAAAUCCCUCUUACGCGCGUUUGAGCCCUUCCUUGGCCGCAGUCCUCGGCGUUCUGAUCGUCGCUUUGAUCCUUAUCGUUUUCUUCUCAAUUUACAUGCGAAACCGCUAUGAUAACGCCAACGGAAGCAGCGUCAACCACGUUAACGGCGGAGCCGCCCGUUCGCGGCGCGGGUCGCGUGGACUUGACGCGUCGGUGAUAGAGACUUUCCCGACUAUGGUUUACUCCGAGGUUAAGGCUCAUAAGAUUGGCAAAGGAGCUCUUGAGUGCGCUGUGUGUUUGAAUGAAUUCGAAGUCGACGAAACGCUGCGUUUAAUGCCUAAAUGCGACCAUGCUUUUCAUACCGAAUGUAUCGACGCUUGGUUGGCUUCUCAUACUACUUGUCCCGUUUGUAGAGCUAAUCUCGCUCCUCAACCGGGUGAACCCGUAGUGAGUCAGCCCACUGAGUUGAACGAAACCGGCGCCGAGACAGACCUCGAAGCUCAAAACGUCAGCAGUGACUCAGAACCGGAAGAAGAAAGGAGAAUAAACAACAAUAACGUCAACAGUGUCGCAGAACCUCAAGUUGCAUCAGAGGUUGGACCGAUCGGUUUGAACCGAACUUUAAACAGAAACCGUACACGUGGAUCGAUAUCUUCCCGUACGCGUAAACUCCUCGUCCCGCGAUCUCAGUCAACCGGUCACUCUUUGGUCCAGCCGGGUGAAAGUACCGACCGAUUCACUCUGCGAUUGCCGGCUGAAAUUCGAAACCAGUUAACAAAUCAGAAGUUGAACCGGGCCACGAGCUUGGUUUUGCCCAAGGAAAGCAGUUCGAGCCGAGGAUAUCGAGCCGCGGAAGACGAUGGAAGUAGUAGAGGCAGGUUUUUUAAUCGGCUCAACAAGAUUGACCGGGCAGCUAAGUCAGACCGGUGGCUUUUUAAUAUGUCACUUUCAUUUUUUAAUAGAGCGUCUUCUAUAAAAUCACCAGGUGCUAAUGGUGAAGGGAGCUCAAGUUUUCCGGUUGGACCGCGGGCUGACUCGAGCCGUCCUCAGGUCUAAUGG